CAAAAGCCUUCGCAUUUACCAAGCAACGCAAAAAAAUUGAACAUAAAAAUACUCUCUAUUCAAAUGCACCACAAAAACAAGCAAAAUAGUCAAAAUAGUCAAGUAAAUCACCUGUCUUUUUACUGAUUUGGUUAUUCAAAUGGGCGAGAUUGUAUCAGUUCAAAAAACAAACAUUACAGAGCAAAGUUCGUCGAGAGCUAAACUGAAAACAGAACGAACUACAACUGAGUUGAAAAAACGAGAGAAGAGCGAAAACAUGAGACGUCGCAUUGACCUUUCAAAAGAUCCUUUAUGGAAGCAAAUCCUGUUACAGAGACCAAGUUACACCAUUGAUAACUACAAAGGCGAUCGGAGUUCAAAAUCAAUGCGAAUUGCUCGCUUUUUCAUAUCUUCGACGUUUAAAGAUUUCUUCUACGAGCGGGAGUUUCUUGUCAAGCAUGUUUUGCCCGAAUUGGAGGAUAUUUGUCGGAAUUCGGUCGUGACUUUUUACGACUGCGAUUUGCGUUGGGGCAUCCCGCGAGACUUCGGCGACAGCAAAACUAUCAGUGUUUGUCUGGAUACAAUAGAGCAGUGUAAAUACGAAACAGAAGGCGAGCCGUUCUUUAUAUUAUUUCUCGGAUCCAGGUACGGUUGGGUUCCGGAUUUAUCCGACCAAUCAAAAUUCAGUCCAGAUUUCAAAGACUAUUACGACUGGGUAUCGGGCGCCAGUAUCACACACAUGGAGGUUGUGAAAGCAGCUUUGCUCCGACCAAAUCCAAAUGCUUUGAUAUUUAUUAGAAAUGUAGAGUUUCCAAACUCCAUUUCAAAAGAUUUACGAAAUGAUUACGUGGAUACAAGCAAACAUAGCGAGCAAAAAUUAGAAUCACUGAAAAACUCACUUUUCCAAACUUAUUCUGAUUCACAGAUUAUCGAAUAUACACCUUCAGUUAUAGCUGAAGAAAAUUCGCAAGCGCUGAAAAUUGAGGAUUUGUCUGAAAUUCAGUCGAAAGUUGUCAAUUUUUUCUCUUCGAGAGUAAGUCAAACAUUUCCCAUGGAUAACUUGGACAAAAACUGGGAAAAAUUAGCCAAUGUGAAAUCUUUAGCCGUUAACUUUGUGGGACGAGAGCAGGAACUGAAGCAGUUGAACCGAUUUCUGACAACCAAUCAGAACAUUUUCCCAAUGCUUGAUAUUGACCAAUCAGAGAGCAGUAGCAAUGAUUUCUCAGCCAAUCAGAAUAAAGAAUCUAGCUUUCAAUCAAACAUAGUUUUGGUGACCAGCGAAUCAGGUGCCGGAAAAACUGCACUUCUAGCGAAACUGGUGGAAAAUUUAUCAGAAAAAUCCGAUAAAUAUAACUUGAUUUAUCAUUUUGUCUCAAACAACCCUGCUUCCCAAGCGCAGAGUUCAUUUUUAGAAGAAACAAUUGACUCGAUGCACGAUUUCAUGAAUUAUACAACGGAAAACAAUGAAAAUGAUAAGCAGGAUUCAGCAAGUCAAGAAACUUUGAUUGCAAAAUUCGAAACAGUCGUGAAAAAGUCAAGCGAACUUUCUAAACCCUUAAUGAUUAUCGUCGAUUCGGUUGACCUCAUGGAAAAAUCUGAGCAACAUCAGCAGACGUUUUUGUCUUGGGUUUCCAGAGUAUUUCACGAAUCACCAAAUACCAAACUUAUUAUCUCAUCUUCCCUUGAAAAUGACGCAAUUUUGUUACGAUUACGUAAUCUGGACAUAACUGUUUUGCGUUUGCAAGGUCUCAGUCGAGCGCAGUCUCAAAAUUUUGUCCAAAAAUUUUUCUCGAAUUACAAAAAGCAGCUUGAUGAAACGCAAUACGAGGUUCUAUUAGAUAAAAGGAACGCUUGUUUUCCUUUGUGGCUCGAAAUGGCAUGUAGAGAAUUAGUAACUUUCGGAGUUUUCGAAACCCUGACUGAUAAGAUUCGAUCUUUUCCCGAUGACAUCUGGGAGUUGGGGAAGAAUAUUCUAGAACGAAUUCUAACUGAAGAUGACACGAAGUUGAUUUCACGUGCCAGUGGAUAUCUGUUGUGCGUUAAAACAGGUCUAACUGAAUGUGAUAUGAGAAUGUUAAUGGGAGAUUUCGCAGCCAAAAACCAAUUGAAUGCCAAAAAUUGGAACAUGGUGCUUCGACAACUUCGCCCAUAUCUUUUAAUGUACAAAAGACAGUCCGAAGUAAUCUACUCUCUUAAAGAAGAUUGCAUCAGAAAAGCAAUUGAAGACCUUCUCUCAAACGAAGAUUGUCAGCAGUCUCGACUUGAUAUACUGAAAUACUUCCGCGACUUCAAAUCGAGCCUAUGCGACGAAAGAACUAUUCAAAUUGAAGUCCCGUUUCAGUUACAGAAACUGGGCAAAAAUAACGAGCUUGUUUCUUUUUUUAAAACACACGAAAUUGGAAUUAAGUCCCCAUAUUUUGAAAAAUCUCAAUUUUUGAAGCGACUGGCGUGCUCAAAAAUGUGCCAGAAAAACCAAAUUAACGAGACGCAGCUAUUCGUUUGUGUAUUUUGCAAGAACUCUAUGAAAGGUAUGGGUCAACUAGUUCGGCCAAAUGCCCAGUGUUGUGUUAUCUGUUCGGGCCCCACCAAUUUUUCACCCGUAGGAGGAGGGGAGGCGUGGCUGUGUGUUAUGCACAAGGUGAAUACAGCGCCAAAUUGUUCGACUUGCUUUGUCUGCAAGCGAACAAUUCUACCCAAUAUGGAGAAAACUCCGCUUAGAAAAUGCAUGUUAUGCAGCUCCAUUCCUAACCAAUGCAGUUUUUUAACGUCACAACGUUAUUGAAAUCGUACCUCAAUUCGUUAUAUAUCAUAUUGUAAUUGGAAAAAAUAAUCUGAUAACAAUUUACAGAUACUUUGUGUAAAA